CGGGCGCCAGGUGGCGCCGCAGCGCGGGCGGCGGCGGCGGAAGGAGGAAGCGUGAGGUCGGUGCGGAGCCAUGGCGCUCCGCGGCGAGCUGUGGGCAGAGCUGCCCGCUGAGAAGCGCGUCUUCUGUUCCGUGCUGCUCUUCUCCUGGGCCGUCUACCUCUGGGAGACCUUCCUGGCGCACCGGCAGAGACGGGUGUAUAGAACAACAACACAUGUACCACGGGAACUAGGACAGAUCAUGGAUUCAGAAACAUUUGAAAAAUCUCGUCUGUAUCAGCUGGACAAAAGUACUUUCAGCUUUUGGUCAGGCCUGUAUUCAGAGGUUGAGGGCACUAUGAUUCUGAUCUGUGGUGGAAUUCCUUUUCUCUGGGAUCUCUCUGGUCAGAUUUCUGGUCGUGCUGGGUUUGGACCAGAAUAUGAGAUUAUUCAGUCACUGGUAUUCCUGCUGCUUGCAACGCUCUUCAGUGCAUUGACCGGUCUCCCAUGGAGUUUAUAUAACACAUUUGUCAUAGAAGAAAAACAUGGCUUCAAUCAACAGACACUGGGAUUUUUUUUCAAGGAUGCCAUCAAGAAAUUUAUCGUGACUCAGUGUAUUCUGUUGCCAGUGACAUCCCUUCUGCUUUAUAUUAUUAAAAUAGGGGGUGACUACUUCUUCAUCUAUGCCUGGCUCUUCACAUUAGUUGUUUCCUUGGUGCUUGUUACAAUCUAUGCAGACUACAUUGCACCUUUAUUUGAUAAAUUCAUUCCACUUCCUGAGGGAGAGCUCAAGCAACAAAUUGAAACAAUGGCAAAGAGCAUUGACUUCCCAUUGACUAAGGUGUAUGUUGUUGAAGGUUCUAAGCGUUCUUCUCAUAGCAAUGCUUACUUCUAUGGAUUCUUCAAGAAUAAGCGGAUAGUGCUAUUUGACACUCUCCUAGAAGAUUAUUCUGCACUGAACAAAGAGCCAGCAGAAGGAGAAGAGGGUGAGAAUGAAGAGACAAAGUCUAAAACAAAAAAUAAGAAGCAGGGAUGUAAAAAUGAAGAAGUUCUGGCUGUCCUUGGUCAUGAAUUGGGUCACUGGAAACUAGGGCACACUGUCAAAAACAUUAUCAUCAGUCAGAUGAAUUCCUUCCUGUGCUUCUUCUUGUUUGCUGUGUUAAUUGGUCGAAAAGAGCUCUUUGCUGCAUUUGGUUUCUAUGAGACUCAGCCUACCCUGAUAGGCUUGAUGAUUAUUUUCCAGUUCAUUUUUUCACCUUACAAUGAGAUUCUCUCUUUCUGCUUGACUGUAUUAAGCCGACGAUUUGAGUUUCAAGCAGAUGCAUUUGCCAAGGAACUUGGGAAGGCUAAAGACCUAUAUUCUGCUUUGAUCAAAUUAAACAAAGAUAAUUUAGGAUUCCCUGUUUCUGACUGGAUCUUCUCAAUGUGGCAUUAUUCCCAUCCACCCCUUUUAGAAAGACUUCAGGCCUUGAAAGAUACAAAGCAAGAGUGACAGGAAUCGCUGUUGGUUCAAAGACAGUGCUUCCAUCUCAGAGGCAAAGUUCAGAGCUGCUUUUUAAAUUCUUUUUUAAAAUGGAUAACUCCAUCUGAGUGUGAUAUUAACAGCGCAACAAAUCUGAGAAUCCUGAAACAGGUAUUAAAUUAUAAAUUACUUUUUUAAACAAAAAAACUGUGGUACUUAAUUUAGAAAAACAUACUGGGUGAAGACCAAAACACCUUUCCCUCCACACGCUGGCUUUUUUUAUCUCCAUAUCAUAGUACAGACUUGUAAGAGAAGAAAAAAUAAUACUUCAAAGCACCUAUUUCUUCAGUUGAACAUCGGUUUUGAUCCUUUUCUCAUUCUCAGUGUUCUGUAAACCUUCCCUUCCCAUCCUCAGCCUUUAUUCACAAUGAAGAGAUACUGAGUGACUUGGUUUCUUACAUCAUAACUGUAUUAGCCCAUCACUGUUGGUGUUUAAAAAAAAGUUUAAUGCAAGUACAGGCCUUUCCGCUGGAUUCCAGUUCAUGUCUGUUGUAAUUGAAAAUGCUACUUAAUAAAGCCUCCUUUUUCAGAAA